AUGGCUAUUCCAUCUACCCAGAUCGCAGCUGUCAUCCCCGCAUCAGGAGGGAAAGAUGUUUCGGAUGUGCAGAUCAGUAGCACUCAUGUGCCACAUCCAGGAGAUGGCGAAGUCUUGAUCAAAUUGGAGUUCUCUGGCGUUUGCCAUUCCGAUGUGCAUAGCAUUCGUGGUGAUACUCCCAUGAAGACCAAUGUUGCUGGUCAUGAGGGAGUGGGUAGAGUUGUUUCAGUUGGAGGUGGCCUCGAGGAGAAAAAAUGGAUGGGUCAAAUGGUUGGAAUUAGGUGGCUGUAUAGUUCGUGUCUCGAGUGCGAGAUAUGCGAGAUUAAUCAUACGGCAUGUCCGUAUCAAAGAAACGCUGGUGCAAAUGUCCCGGGUACCUUUCAGCAAUAUCUUGUCAGCCCAGCUAUUCACGCCACAAAAAUCCCAGUUGGACUCUCUCCAGAUCUAGCAGCACCUCUUCUCUGCGCUGGUAUCGCCAUGUACUCUUCGAUCAAAAAAAGCAAAGCUAGACCAGGCGACUGGCUUGUUAUCAUUGGGGCUGGUGGUGGUUUAGGUCAUAUGGGUAUCCAAAUCGCAGCCAAAAAGGGCAUCAAAGUCCUAGCAAUUGAUACGGGCAACAAAAAGAAGGAACUCUGUCUAUCACUUGGAGCUACUACAUUCCUAGACUUCCGAGAGGUCGAUAUAGUCGAGGGUGCCAAAACAGCUACAUCUGGACUGGGUGUGCACGCGGUGAUCUGUACGGCGAAUGGCGAAAAGGCUUACGAGCAAAGUAUGAAUAUGCUCCGUCCGCUCGGAACUCUGGUUUGUGUCGGUAUCCCUCAUAUCCCAUUCCGACUUCCAGCUACUCCAUUUGAAAUGAUUGUGAAAGGUCUUACGAUUGUUGGAAAUUCAGCGGGGACGGAUCAAGAAAUGGAUGAGUUGUUGGCAAUGGCGCUUGCGGGUGAUGUGCAAGCUCAUAUUGAGGUUUUUGAUUUACAGGACAUUGUUGAUGUGUUGCAGAGACUGGAGCGCUCGGAGAUUGAGGGCAGGGUAGUAUUGAGGAUCCCGUAG